GGGUAUCCGUAGUGAACAAAAAGACGAUUGAGAGUGCAGUAACUAAGCCGUGUAGGACAAAAAGAAAAAAAAAAGUGAUUAGAAGGAACAAGAUACGAAAUAAGUAACACGUAAGGGAGGACGUCACUCUGAAAGAGGGGGCGAGCGCGAUCGCGUCUGCCGAGGAAAGGGAAGGAGAGUCAAAGGUAAAACCAAAGGAGUAGGGGCAGGGCAAUAAGGAGACUAAAAGGAGGAGAAAGGAAAAGCGGGACCAACGACGCCACGAGUGACAAUUCUGUGGUGUAUCGCUUGCAAAAGACUCGAGGUGGCAUAAGAGGAGGAUCGGUGGAUUCGCGUGAAGAGAAAGUUACCAAGGUAUCCUAAGCGUAUCGUUCGUUCGUUCGUUCUUCCGUUUGUUGGUGCGUUUAUCAGUCCGUUCCUACGGUCGUUGCACGGUUCGACGAACACCAAUUUUUCGUGUUCCAGUGCUUUGUACGUUUAGGAGCAUCACGGGAGGAUUAAUUUCCACGAAUCUUCGGAUAAGUUGUUGACCAUUGUAACCGAAACGACUCGCGUCGAACGGGCGGACAUCGAACGCGAUGGUGGAAGUCUUGCUGGAGCCGUGUGGCCAGGAUGUAGCCGUAGCAGAGAACGGAUGCAAUCUCACCGAGAACUCGACGGAAUGUUCACCCCGUGACGAUCAGUGCGACUCAACCAUGGAAGAUGCGAAUCUAACGGCAAUUCAAAGCUUCUACAAAGGGCAGAGCAUCUUCGUGACUGGUGGCACAGGCUUCAUGGGCAAAUUGCUCGUGGAGAAGCUCCUCCGUGAUUGUCCUGGAAUUUCUUUUAUCUAUCUCUUGGUACGCCCGAAAAAGGGAAAGGACGUGCAUCAGCGCAUCGAGGAACUAUUCGACGAUCCGAUUUUUGGCAAACUGAAAGAGGUGAAGCCCAAGUUUAGGCACCAGAUCGUCGCGAUAGCUGGUGAUUGCAGCCUGCCAGGUCUGGGAAUCUCUCCCAGCGACAGAGCCAUGAUGAUUCAAGACGUCUCUAUCGUCUUCCACGUCGCCGCGACCGUCAGGUUCGACGAGAAGUUGAAACUCGCGGUUCCUAUCAACGCACGGAGUCCCAAGGUCGUUACAGAUCUCUGCAAAGAAAUGCCACGUCUGAAGUCGUUCGUGCACGUAUCAACGGCGUACGCCAAUUGCCCGCUCGACGUAAUCGAGGAGAGGGUGUACGAUCCCCCGAUGGACGCUGACAAGCUGAUCACUCUGACGGAAUGCCUCGACGAGAAGUUGAUCGAAGAGAUCACCCCACGAUUACUGGGUAGAUGGCCGAACACGUACACAUUCACGAAAGCAGUGGCCGAGAGCAUCGUCAAGAAAGAGGCUGGCAACAUGCCCGUGGGCAUAUUUCGUCCCGCAAUCGUGAUAUCGACGUAUCGUGAACCGCUGCGAGGAUGGAUCGACAACAUGUACGGGCCGACUGGCGUUGCGGCUGGCGCAGGUACGGGGAUCCUACGAUCUAUACACUGCGACGGGUCGAUACCCGCCAACGUUGUGCCGGGAGAUCUAACGGUAAACGCUCUGAUAGCCUGUGCUUGGGACGUAGCAAACCGUCGAAGGGCCACGACAGAUGAGAAAAACAACGACGUGCCGGUGUAUAAUUACGUAUGCAAAGACAACCCCAUCACGUACGACCAGCUGAAAGUGAAGUCUGAAAAGCACGGUCUCGAGUUCCCCACUGGCAAAGCGAUAUGGUAUUACAGCUUCCGUAACAACAAGCACAAACUGGUCCACUUGUUUUACGUCUACAUACUCCACUUGCUACCAGCUCUCCUGAUCGACACCGUCACGGUUUGCGUGGGGAAGGAGCCCAGGAUGCUGAACAUCUACAAAAAGAUCCAUAAAUUCAUGAACGUGCUGAAUUAUUUCACCACAAGGCAGUGGAAGUUCACGAACGAGAACUUUAAACAGGUGCUGGCGAAGAUGAGCCCCGAGGAUAGCCACAACUUCAAUUGCGACAUCACGGAAGUCGACUGGGACCUUUACUUCCGAUCGUACAUACGAGGUAUUCGGGUGUAUCUGAUAAAGGAUCCCAUCGAGUCUCUCGAACAAGCACGCGUCAGAUGGCAGAGAUUAUACUGGAUUCACCAAGCGUGCAAAUUGAUUCUCGCGUACCUCGUGUUUCGAAUAUGCUGGCUGUCGGUGUUUUACCUCUACCGGAGAACGCCGCGCAUAGUAUUCCGCGUUGCAUCUUUCAAUUCGCGUCUCGGCCGUCUCGCACGAGGCACAGGUGAUAGAGUACCAGAGAGGCUGCGUAAUCGAACGUCAAUUAUGGUCGAGCAAGAAUCGUUGGUGAACACGUUUUACGCUGGUCAGAGUGUCUUGGUAACAGGAGGCACAGGUUUCCUGGGAAAGCUGUUGAUCGAAAAAUUGCUCAGAACGUGCACAGAAAUCAAGUACGUUUACGCGUUGUCCAGAGCAAAGAAGGGCGAGACUGCGGAGCGACGCUUCGAGAGAAUAUUCGAAGAACCUCUGUUCGAUCGUCUCCGAAGAGAAGCACCGAAGUACCAGCAGAAGGUUCGAGUGAUCCCAGGCGAUUGUUCGUUACCUGGAUUAGGACUAUCCCCCUCGGAUGCAGAUUUGUUAGCGCAGGAAGUCACUGUGGUGUUCCACGUGGCAGCCACGGUUCGUUUCGAUGAAAAAAUAAAGAAGGCGAUCGCGGUGAACAUUGGAGGAACGAAAGAACUGAUGGAACUCUGUAAACGGAUGUCCAAUCUGCAGGUCGUGAUGCAUGUUUCCACUGCUUACAGUAAUUGUAAUCGCGAGAACAUCGACGAGAAGUUUUAUCCAGCCCCCAUGUCCGAAGAGGAAACGAUGCAGCUGAUGCAGAAUUUCACCGACCAAGAGGUGAACGAUGUCGAAAAGAAAAUUCUUGGGUCUUAUCCCAACACCUACAUUUACACCAAGUGCAUCGCAGAGCAGAUGGUGCGACGAUACGAGAAGGAGUUACCUGUAGGAAUAUUUCGACCAUCCAUAGUGGUCUCGACGUACAAGGAACCAUUGGAGGGCUGGGUGGAUAACGCUUAUGGACCUACUGGGGCGCUCGCAGCGGCUGGCAUCGGCUUCCUGAGGACCAUGAAUAUGGACACAAAUCGCAGGGCAGAGUUGGUUCCAGCUGAUUAUACCGUUAACGCUCUUAUCGUUACCGCUUGGGCAGUCGCGACCAAACGUUUCAGGGAUCGAUCAGGCGAUCCACCGAUCUACAACUACCUCUCUUCGUGGGGCGAUGGGAUCACCUGGGGUCAUUACAUGCAUCUGGCUAUGAAAUACGGAAGAGAGAUUCCGAGCGUGCACAGCAUCUGGAGCUACACCUUUAUCGCCGUUAAAAAUGUAUACGCGUACUUUGUUGUAGUAGCUAUUCUUCAUCUACUACCAGCCUUGGUCGUCGACGUCGCGAUGAUGCUCACUGGCAAGAAACCUAGGAUGCUGAAAAUCUACAAAAAGGUGCAUAGGUUCUCCGCGCUGACCAGUUACUUUAGCGUGCACGACUGGAAAUUUUCCUGCGACAACACCAAAGACCUCUGGGACUCCCUCCCUCCGAAGGAUCGUGAGUUGUACGCGUUCUCGAUGAGCCACUUCGACUGGGAAGAUUUCAUGUUGAAGUCCAUAAGUGGAUUGAGAAUGUACAUCUUUAAAGACGAUCCGAGCACGAUAUCUCGUGCGAGACUUCGAAUGGCCAGAUUCGACUUUGUUCACAACCUUCUCAAGUAUACCACGCUAUUCAUCGUUAUCUGGCUCUUUUAUCGCGCGGUGGGGAGGCUUUUCGACGCCAUAAUUGACAAUAAUAAUGCAAUUACGGACAAGUUACUGCUGUUUUCUAUGCCCUGAUUGGAUAUGGUCGCCGAGCAAUAAACUUGUUCAACAUCUUUCAGCAGCAUUUUAUGUAUUAAUUAGGUUUUUGUGUGUUUACAACAAUAUAUAUGUAUCGCCCAUCCCUCUCUUGACAGGUUAAUGAAUAAAUAGAACGUCAUAACAUUUUUUAAUCUGUACUGGAAAUGUACUGGAAUGUCGAGA